CGGACGUCUUCGUUAGCAUCCUCUUGCAGGAUCAUUUCACUCUUUUCCACUUUCAUUCUUUACAAAAACACGGCUAAAAACUAGUAGUAACCAUGUCUGCAAAUAAGGAUUUGGAAAGGCGUAACCACAUGCACUUGGUUGCUCGUCUCAGCCCAAGUCUUCCUGGGAUUGCCUUGACUUCUGCUGCUAGUAGUGCACAGACCUCAGCCGCACAGAAUUCUGACAGUGAGCUCACUUUGUACAGUACUUGCAAUUCAAUGGAGAUGAGCUCACAAAUAUCUAGCACCCAGCCCUACUUCGGCUCCAACCAUUACUACCCCCACCCUUACCCCCACCACCACCACCACCCCUGUAGCUACUUCUACCCAACAAUCCUCCCUUUCCACCACCCCUACUACGUCCUCUUCUUCAACCACAUCUUCAUCAACCAUAUCUUCAAGCACCCCCUCCUCCUCGAGCACUUCUACUUUGUCUACUUCCUCACCUUUAGCCCCACAAAUUGCGCUGUCCACGGUCAGUAUCUAACCUUUUUUCACCCAUACAGACUAUUGAUCAUCCAUUAGACACCUCCAGCAGCAGCCACUUUUUAUACUACCUCUCAGCUCGCAUCACCAACUCAUAUCGUCAUUAGUACCGGAACCAUCGCAUCCGCGACCCCUUC